GCGCUUGUCCCUGCUACGCUUUUACUUUGCGACCCGUUCGACAUCUAUCAACUUACCCCGACGUGACUCCUCUUUUCAGUUCGUUCGUCUCCUGAUCGCAACAAUCGCAGCCAUGGCGGACCUGGCCAGCCGCAUCUCCAAGCCGAGCGACGCGCCCGCCAGCGACGCGCCCGCCCCUGCCGAGGGCAACGGCACCGAGCAGCCGAUCGACGAUGGGCUUAACAGAGGUCUCAUCGAGUCGUCGUAUGACGUUGAGGUGAAGCUGAGCGACCUGCAAAACGACACCGACAAUCCGCUGGCCUCGGGCGUCUCCUCCUUCGAAGAGCUCGGCCUUUCCAAGCAGAUCAACGACGGCCUCUUGGCUAUGAACUUCAAGAAGCCCUCCAAGAUCCAGGAAAAAGCCCUGCCUCUCAUGCUCAGCAACCCGCCGCGCAACAUGAUCGCCCAGUCGCAGUCGGGCACGGGCAAGACGGCCGCCUUCGUGCUCACCGUCCUGUCGCGCGUCGAUUUCACCCAGCCUACGCAGCCGCAGGCGCUGCUCCUGGCGCCCAGCAGAGAGCUGGCGCGCCAGAUCCAGGGCGUCAUCAAAACGAUCGGCCAGUUCUGCGAGAACCUGAUCGUCGAGGCGGCCAUCCCCGGCUCCAUUUCGCGCGAGACGGGCGUCAAGGCCAGCGCGGUGGUGGGAACGCCGGGCACCGUCUUGGACCUGGUCCGCCGCCGCCAGUUCGACGUGUCAAAGUUGAAGGUCCUGGUUAUUGACGAGGCCGACAACAUGCUGGACCAGCAAGGCAUGGGCGACCAGUGUCUCCGGGUCAAGAAUAUGCUCCCGAAGAAUAUCCAAACUCUCCUGUUCUCGGCCACCUUCCCCGACAAGGUCAUGAACUAUGCCCGAAAGUUCGCGCCGAACGCGAACGAGAUCAAGCUCCGCCACCAGGACCUCACGGUCAAGGGCAUUUCCCAGAUGUACAUGGACUGCCCGGAUGAGAGCAAGAAGUACGACAUCCUCUGCAAGCUCUACGGUCUUAUGACCAUUGGGUCAUCCGUCAUCUUUGUCAAGACGCGCGAAAGUGCCAACGAGAUUCAGCGGCGGAUGGAGGCCGACGGACACAAGGUCUCAGUGCUACACGGCGCGUACGAGGGCCAGAACCGCGACGCUCUCCUCGACGAUUUCCGGUCCGGCCGGUCCAAGGUGCUCAUCACCACCAACGUCCUGGCGCGCGGCAUCGACGUUUCCAGCGUGUCCAUGGUGAUCAACUACGACAUCCCCAUGAAGGGGCCCGGGGAUAGGGAGCCCGAUGCCGAGACGUACCUCCACCGUAUCGGCCGCACCGGCCGCUUCGGGCGCGUCGGAGUCAGCAUCAGCUUCGUCUACGACCGCAAGAGCUUCGAGGCGCUCUCGCAGAUCGCCGACUGGUACCAGAUCGACUUGGUGCAGCUGAGCCCGGACGACUGGGAUCUCACGGAGAAGAAGGUGCAGGACGUCAUCAAGUCGAGCCGAGCGCGCCCCGAGUACGCACCCAGUGCGCUCGGAAACUGAGGGAAGACUGCUCUGUGUGAGAAGGGGGAAAAAAGGAUCACAGCAGUAUCUGAGAUUGCAGCUUUGCGACCUGUUUCCAACCG